UAUCUAUCUGACGAACGGCAGGCACCCCACUGCGACGAAGCUGACGACGAGGGGCAGCGAAGUGACUGGAAGAGAUAUUGGCAGAGGGAGUGUGUAUGAUAUUUUCUUUCUCUAAUUGUGUCAAAUGGGCAACUUUUACCUAUACAUAAUGUCGAAGUGAAAAAUUUUCGUUCAUGCCCUGCAUGAGGAGAGGAAAAGGUAAAAACAGGUUCGACACAGUUUCCCGUUCGAAGUGGUCUCUAGCUCGCAAUCCGAGCAUUAGCCAGUGAGACGUCUGGAAUUGGGUGGAGCAGACAAGAUUCGAUUCGAAAAAGUUAUCCCCAGCAGUGACAGCAGGAGAAAAAUACAGUAUGGGUGCUCUGGCCAGCAGGCAGAAUGCAACCGUGGAAGAGGCUGAUGUUACUGCUAACCAUCAGUACAAGUAUCCUCCUCGGUCAGGUAAUUAUUUCGGUACUCACUUCAUAAUGGGAGGCGAGCGGUUCGACACUCCUCAGCCAGAGGCGUAUCUUUUCGGUGAGAAUGCUGACCUGAACUUCCUGGGAUGUAAACCGACUCCGUUUCCCUAUCCACCACCACAGGCGACAGAGCCAACAAAAACACUAAAAAGUUUAGUCAAUAUACGCAAGGAGUCGGUGCGCUUCGUGAAGGCCUCGGAUUGCAAUGCUAAAAUCCACGGCGAUGGAACCAAAACCAAUGCGUACAACAUUGAGUUCGUGUUCGACGCGGACGCCCGUUGCGCCAUCACCGUCUACUACUUUUGUAUUGAAGAAAUUUUGAGCUCUGGAGUAACCUACAUACCUCGGGAUUCGUCCAUUUCGUCCGAAACAUUCCGCUUCAAGCGAGGAGUGAAUCAGGUGUUCUCCGCUCCGUCACAUGUUUUCAAUCCGGCACUGUUUUCGGAGGACGACCUCUCGUACAACUCCGAGAAGGACACAUUCCCUGUGGUAAUUCACUGCGUAGUCGACGAGGGCACCGAGGAUUGCCGUCAAAGUCACACCACGAUCUGCGUGGUGGAUCACCAUUCGGACGGAACUUACGCUCUGCGGGCCUUGAAGCAGAAGAUCUACGUCGACGGUCUGUGUUACUUACUGCAGGAGAUCUACGGCAUCGAGAACAAGCUGGUCAACAAAUCGAUCGGCGACGAAGACACAGACGAUAAUGGGAGCGAAUGCGUCAUCUGUAUGUGCGACACACGUGACACGCUGAUCUUGCCCUGUCGACAUUUGUGCUUGUGCAAUUCCUGUGCCGAUUCCUUGCGAUAUCAGGCCAACAACUGUCCGAUCUGUCGAGCGCCGUUCCGUGCGCUGUUGCAGAUUCGAGCGGUGCAGAAGAGCACUACGGGAACGACGGUUACGACCGUGCAGAGCUCGCAAGAUGCAACAGAUAACAUUCCUUCGGGAUACAUCCCCGUGUCGCUGAUUGAAGCGCUUAAUGGUCCAAUAACUAGCUCGGUGAAGCCAUCGAACACAACUGACACCACAAACUCUGCAGAUGGCAACAAUGACACUAACUUAACUAAUCAGACUGCCGAUAAGCAAGAAACCGGCAAGAAUUCGUCCAAGGACAUGGACACGAGUGGAUCGCGUGAGAAACUGAACCAGAAUGCCGUCGAUUUCCGCAUGUCGGUGCUCCUGUCCAAAGAGGACGGAUCGGUGACUUGCGUCACGAAGGAGCUCCUCACCAAGCAUUCGCCCUUGAUGCAGCGAGCUCCGGUCAGCCGUGAUAAGAAUCCACGCGAAAAGGGCACACUCCGGAUCCAGGCCAGCCAGCCGCUGGUCAAAGAACCUCUGACCGUGCUCGAUCGCGAAUCCGUACAGUUGGUGAACGAGAAAACCCAGCUUCCCAAUGUGACCGAAAUCGACGACGAUAGUGAGGCGGAGAAGUUGUCCCCUUUGCUGCAGAAAGUGGACCGCGAUGGACCCCAAGAGAACUGUGAUACGUACGAGAAGAUGCCCAGCAUUUUGCGAAUGGACGAAACGGAAAACCUGGACUCCCGUAGUCAGAAGUCGGUUGCCGUCCUCGCUGCGGCCGAAGACUCCGACUACUACACCCCCGAGGAUCCCCACACCACAAUUCUCAGUCCACUCAAAGGGGAAGAAAAGCUCGACGGCAUGAAGAAACUGUCCACUCCGUUGACCAUGCUGAAGGAAGCGUCCCAAAGCUCCCUCCCGGACAGUCCCAUAAGUGGCAAUUCGCAUACUUCCACUCGCAGCUCCGGUGAUAGUUACUCGUCAAGUUCGAGUACCCGGCAGUUGCUCUCGUCUGUUACGGCCAACGAUACGCCCACUCAUGUAACGGUCAACGUCGACUCUUCGGCGGAGGGACACGUCAAACACGAAAUCAAAAUUGGCACCAACGCCAAAAUGGAUUGCAUCGAUAGCGACUGAGCUUACUUUAGUCCUAGGAACACCGGAGCUGGAACAUUUGAACAAAACGCAUUUCUUCGACUUCAAAAAAAAUGGAGUAUAUAUGAUAAUUAGAACAAAUUGUGUGCUAUCCAAAAACACUGGUAAAGCAUCCCCCAUCACUUUUCGUAUGCGCCCCUUGCUGCUGUGCAGGAAUAGCUGCCGGAACCGGAUGUAGAUUGUAAGUGUAUUCACCCCCGCUGAGUCCCGAUGGAGGGAAGCAAAACAAUUUAUGUUAAAAUUUUAACCUUAGGUUUUUAUUAUUGAAAUAUCACUGAAACAUUUAUCAAAUAAAUUCGUUUUAAACUCUCUUUAAACACUCAA